AUGUCAUCUGCAUCCCAGCAGCUGCUGUGCACUACAUCUCCCAUCAUCCACAGCCAGCAGCUGUGCACUACAUCUCCCAUCAUCCUCCGCCAGCAACUGCUGUGCACUACACCUCCCAUCACCCUCAGACAGCAGCUGCUGCGCACUACAUCUCCCAUCACCCUCAGACAGCAGCUCCUGCGCACUACAUCUCCCAUCAUCCUCAGCCAGCAGCUGAUGCGCACUACAUCUCCCAUCAUCCCCAGCCAGCUGCUGCGCACUACCUCUCCCAUCAUCCCCAGCCAGCUGCUGCGCACUACAUCUCCCAUCAUCCCCAGCCAGCAGCUGCUGCGCACCACAUCUCCCAUCACCCUCAGCCAGCUGCUGCACACUACAUCUCCCAUACUGGAGAAGAUCCAGACGCUGUCAUGGAUCUGGACGGUCGAGACGCUGAGCUUGCAGGGAACACAUAAAGAGAAAAUCUCUUCGCUGGGCGAUGCCUUCAGACGUUUUAACAUCCUGCGCUGCCUGGACCUUUCCAGAAACGCUCUCCACAGCUUAAAGGGGAUCGAGUAUCUGCGCACGCUCCGCUUUCUGAACCUCUAUUACAAUGACAUUGCGGCAGCGGCAGAACUCUGGCGGCUCCGCUCGCUGACGCAGUUACAGACGCUGGAUCUGCGCCUUAAUCCCGUCACCCAACGCGAGGGGGAUUACCGGAUUACCGUGCUUCAGAUGCUGCCCACUUUACAGUCUCUGGAUGAGCGCGCGGUGAGAGAUAGCGAGAGGAACACAACGGCGUUUCCCUUCCAAUACAGGAAAUACAAAGCGCGUGAGCCGUCACAGAGAGAAAAUACAGCAGAGAGCGAGGAUCUCGGGGAGAUCGGCCCCAACGAGAACUUAUCAGACCUCCAAACAAGGGGUCCAGCAGAGAUGAGGGGGACGCAGCAGAACGUGGAGCCCAGGGACGGUUUUAGGGGCCGCUCAUCACCAUCCAGAUUGACGGGACCGGAGAGCCGGACGUACAGGAAGGAGCCGGACGAGCUUGAAGACGGUACUGAAUAUCGCCCUCUGCCCUCGCCAACACGAUCAUCCCUUCGCUCACCUGGAAAAGGCUCCUCUCUCCGUGCCAAAGAAGGUGUCCGCGUUACCUUCGCAGACAGCAGUCUGGACACCUCGCCCGCAAAACACCAAGAGUGCGACUCCAACCUCAUCGCGGCCAAGAAGCCCAUUCCCGGCAGCACAGAAAGACCCCCCGCUCUCAGAAACGACCACAGAACGUCAACUCCUCUUAGAAAGGAGAGCGGAGGAAGCGAGGAGCGGACACGCGGGGAGGACUGCUCACUAGAAAGCGGGAAAGAUUCACCAAAAUCAUCUUACACGACGGAAACCAGCAGCCAACGGCUACUAAGACUCAGCUCAGACUUGUACGUCGCUACUCACCUGAAUGACCACCCCGUGCCUUCAGAGCCCUCCUACGCCUGGAGAAAAGGACUCGGCCACAUCACAAAGACCUACACCCUGCCAUCUAAACCCUCCAUGGCAAAUUCCUACCUUUACCCAGCCAAAGCGGAGAGCCGCCCCGAAUCCAGAGAGAACGAGGCGUGGGAGCGUGAAAGGGACUUCGGGUUAGGGCUUCAGAACACAUCGAAGACACAGAACGGGAUGAAACGCUCCAGCAGCCUGAACUCAUUACUGCCUUCUGCCCCCGAGAGAUACGCUCGUGACAACUUGCUCUCUGAUAAAGGCCUUGCGGGAAGAGACAGUUUCGCCGGUUCUGAGGAAGCCCCCCUCGCAGAUGUCAUACAGCAGCUUCUGGACUUAGUGGAUCGUUACUGGAAUGGAUCCGGCUCGCUGAUCCAAAACAUGAAGUUUAUGGUGCCGGCGCGUGAGUUACUCUCCCGCCUGAUGGCCGCACGCUCACAUUACGAGGAUGAUCGUCUGUUAAAUGACAGAAGCAAAGCAAACGUGUUCCAGAGCGCCCGCGGACACGCCGGGGAACACGACAGCACGGAAUCUUUAAAACAGAAAUUGCUAAAAGUCAUGGAAGAAAAUCGCGUUCUAAACUCAAAAAUUUUUCAACUGGAAAACAGUGCAAUUCACAAGGAAUCAAGCGCCCCCCAGCUCGGCUCCCAAGGUGACUUGGCUCAGAGAUACGAGACGUUGAGCGCACAGCUGGACUCCUUACAGCAGCAGCUAAAGUCCCAUAACCUGCAGGACACCAUGAACCUUUUACACGACAGUCAGAGGUCCUUGGUCAGCACUAAUGAAUACCUCCUGCAACAGCUCAACAAGCUCUCAAGGGACCCGACGUCCAUCACCGCUCCACACAAGCAGAGGAGCACGGCGGACAAACUAUACUACUCCGACCUGAACGGACUCUCCUCCUCUCCAUCUGCCCCCACCUCGGGGCAAUACCGAAAGCCAGAGCGGCUCAGCCAGUGCCCCUUAUAAUCACAUACAAUGCCAGCGGCGGGCCUGUGGGGUCCGAGAUUCUGAACAGCCCUGCACUAGAUGGAGACGGUGGAA